AUGUCAGGCAGGCGUCAUGGCCGAAUCAGUCACGGUCAGCAGAGAGAACCACCACUUUACUCUGGUGAUGGAACCGAGAGUGCUUCCGAAACGGCGGGGAAACCUCCUACGGGCUUACAUCUUGAUGUCAUGAAGGAAGGAAAGUUGGUGCAGGUACCUAUCGACUCAGGGAUACACUUUGGUGCAUCAACACGUCUCUACAUUAUCCGUGAGCGUCCCGCCCCGCUCUACAGCCUCAAUACCACGGACCCUGCCGGG